CCACAAGUGGUGUUUACACGGUUCAAGCUGAAGAUGUUCUGCGAUAUGGAGACAGACGGUGGUGGAUGGACCGUGUUCCAGCGGCGUCAAGAUGGUUCUGUUGACUUCUACCUAGGAUGGAAGAGCUACCGCCAGUGGUUCGGUAAUCUAGACGGUGAGUUCUGGCUUGGCAAUGACAACUUGCAUCGACUCACCGCUCAGGUGGAUUACCGACUGCGUGUCGAUCUUGAGGACUUCGAAAACAACACCAGAUAUGCAGUGUACAACACGUUCGGCGUCGCUGAUGCGAGCACCAGCUACCGGUUGACGGUGGGAAGCUAUUCAGGGACGGCCGGUGAUUCACUGCUGUACCACAAUAACCAAGCCUUUUCAACCCGGGACCGUGACAAUGACUCUUCUUCCGGUAACUGUGCCACUGGUUAUGCUGGCUCGUGGUGGUACAAUGGUUUCCGUUCAAACCUGAACGCCAAUUAUCUGCGUGGGCAAACGAGUGUGUACGGUAAAGGAGUAGUUUGGAGAUCCUGGCGGGGAUAUUUCUACUCACUGAAAGGGAGUGAGAUGAAAAUAAAAGCAUGAAUCCUGCUUAUGUUCCAAAUAGGAAGCAAAUAGAGAUCUUUUCACACAAUCAACCAAUAAAUCGUCAAUAUUAUUUCCAUAAACCCCUUCAAAGA